AUGGAGAACUGCAAUAAUCUCAAGUAUUUACCAAGCAGCAUUCAAAUGGAAUCUCUUGAAGACUUCAACCUCUCGGGUUGUGAGAAAUUAGAAAAUUUUCCAGAAAUUCGGGGGAAUAUGGAAUUGCUCUCAGAGCUCCUUCUGGCACGUACUGCAAUUUGGGAAUUUCCCUCAUCAAUAGGACAUCUUAGUGGUAUCAGCUUGCUUGAUUUGCGUUCAUGUGAAAACCUUGUAAGACUCCCUGCCAGUGUCUCUGAGAUGAGAAAACUGAAAAUUUUGAUUCUGAAAGGCUGCUCAAGACUUGUAAUUUUACCUGAAAAUCUAGGUGAUCUAAACCAGUUGGAGGAGCUUUAUGCUGGCAACACUGCCAUUUGGAAACUACCAGAUUCUAUUGGAAACUUAAGCAAACUCAAGAUCCUAUCAUUAAGAAAAGGGCGGAAGGUAAAGCGUCAAUCUGCUCGCAGUUUGAUAUUACCCUGGGUGUUUCAUGGUUUGAGGGAGUUGAAGAGCUUAGAUCUCAGUGGAUGUAAUUUAUGUGAUAACCAAGUUGCUGCUCUUCUGAACUUAACUUCUUUAUUGGAACUGAAUCUGAGCAGAAAUGAGUUUAUUUAUUUACCUAAUAUCUUCAGUCAGCUUUCUCACCUUCGCUAUCUCAAUAUAACACACUGUCAAAAACUUAAGGAACUCCCCAAACUUCCUCCCAGUAUAGAGGAAUUAUAUGUAGAAGAUUUUUUGGCAAAGGAAUGUAUUGCAAAGCUACAAAUGUAUCCAAGGUUGAAUUUGGUCUCAUUUACCAAUUAUAGUUUUGAUCAACAAUCUUAUACCGAGGAGAGCAAUGGUAGCUCCUUUUCGGAUGAGAUUCUGAGUUUGCUUCUAUCAAACAAUAUGGAUGAUGUGAUCCACCCCUCUCUUUUCUCUGAUCAUAGAGUGACUUGUUCCAUUGUCUUUCCUGAACGUGCAAUUCCCAUGUGGUUUAAGCAUCAGAUUGUUGAUGAAAAGAUCUUGUUCAAACUGCCCAUUAAUUGGUAUAAUGAUAAGUUCAAAGGCUUUGCUAUAUGCUGCGUGACUCUCAUGGGAGCAGGUGUCUCUCGUCCUGAUUCAAUGCUAUCUGAAAAGUAUGACUAUGCUUUCAUCAAAGCCAAAUUGAUAUGCAAUGAUCAUUUGAAAGACCUUAGAGUGAUACAAAAAGAAUGUAAAGUGGGCACAGCAUCUAGAACAUAUGGCUGGUGUGUUUGCUUUGCCUACAUACCAUUGUAUUCUUCACUGCAGGUGUCCGGCACAUAUGUUAGAGACAUUAACCAGUAUAGCCUAUUUGAGGCAUCUAUCAACGGUUGCGUUGUGAGACAGUGGGGAGUUCAUUUGAUCUAUGAGGAUGAGUGA